CCAGGUGCUGCUGUCGUCAUAUAUAAAUACACUAGUUGUGCCGGUGGCCGUCACUCAGACUGGACUGACUGGAGUAACGGUUUCAACUCUCACCAUCUCUGGAGUUAACUUCACACACACAGGAUGCCAGGAUCAGCCCCAAUCAGUUGCUUGGGACCAUGGCCCAAAGAUGUAGGUAUCAUUGCCAUGGAACUGUACUUCCCGUCCCAGUUUGUUGACCAGGCCGAGCUUGAGCAGUUAGAUGGCGUGGCAGCUGGUAAAUACACCGUGGGCCUGGGCCAAGCUCGCAUGGGCUUCUGCUCAGACCGCGAGGACAUCAACUCUUUGUGCCUGACGGUCGUCCAGAGGUUGAUGGAGAAGAAUGGUCUGUCCUAUGACAGCGUGGGUCGAUUGGAGGUUGGCACUGAGACCAUCAUCGACAAGUCCAAGUCUGUCAAGACCGUCAUCAUGCAGCUGUUUGAGGACUCUGGCAAUACAGAUGUGGAGGGCAUUGACACCACAAACGCCUGCUACGGCGGCACAGCUGCACUCUUCAAUGCUGUCAACUGGGUGGAGUCCAGCUCAUGGGAUGGGCGUUAUGCUUUGGUUGUAGCGGGCGACAUUGCUGUCUACGCCACAGGAAGUGCCCGGCCUACGGGAGGGGCCGGUGCUGUGGCCAUGCUGGUCGGGCCCAAUGCUCCUCUGGCCUUUGAACGAGGUUUGCGAGGAACCCACAUGCAGCAUGCAUACGACUUCUACAAGCCAGACCUGAUGUCAGAGUAUCCCGUGGUGGACGGCAAGCUGUCGAUAGAGUGCUACCUGAGUGCCUUGGACCGCUGCUACUCUGUGUAUCGCAACAAGAUCCACGCACAGUGGCAAAGAGACGGUUCAGAGAAGCGUUUCAACCUGGACGACUUUGGCCAUCUCGUCUUCCAUUCUCCGUAUUGCAAGCUGGUGCAGAAGUCGUUGGCGAGACUGAUGCUGAAUGACUUUCUGAGCGACCCCAGCCCCAACACUGACACGGGACCCUUCGCAGGCCUCGAUGCCUUCAGAGAUGUGCGACCAGAAGAGACCUACUUUGACCGGGAUGUGGAGAAGGCCUUUAUGAAGGCCAGCGCAGAUCUGUUUGAGGAGAAGACCAAGCCCUCACUGCUGAUCUCCAACCAGAAUGGAAACAUGUACACCCCCUCUGUCUACGGCUGCCUGGCAUCAGUCAUUGCACAACACACAUCGUCACAGAUAGCAGGACAGAGGAUCGGGGUUUUCUCCUAUGGUUCGGGAUUUGCUGCUACUCUGUAUUCUCUCAGAGUCACACAGGACCACACACCCGGAUCCGGUCUGGACAAACUUGUGUCCAGCCUGAGUGACCUGAAGGUCAGACUCGACUCCAGGAUCAAGGUCUCGCCUGCUGUCUUCUCUGAGAACAUGAAGCUGAGAGAGGAUACGCAUCACUUAGCCAGCUACGUCCCUCGAGGCUCAGUGGAGGAUCUGUUCCCGGGGACAUGGUACCUGACACGAGUGGAUGACAAACACCGCAGGGAAUACGCCCGAAGAUCUCUGGACAAUGACCUGCCAGCAGAGCCGGAAGUUGUUCGCAACAGCACCGCCACCGAGCACAUCCCCAGUCCAGCCAAGAAGAUGCCUCGCAUCCCCGCAGCCGCCGCCGGCCCCGAGGCUGUAGUCAGCAACUGAGAGCGCUCAGCUUACCUCUGAGAGGCGUCGAGGUCCAGCAGUCUGGAAACUGUAAGAACUAGACAACACUAGAGGUCAGGGAGGCUAGUAAGAGACGCUGGUGUCGCCUUCCAAAUCAUUCUACAUUCAACUAAAUUAGGUUGGAGCAGCGUGUCAUUAAAGGCCCGUGGACAGCUGUAGACACUACUCAACUGCCUGCAGCCUUCCCAUCAUGCCCCUGUCAGACAGUCAACUCCAUAUUUGACCACAGACUGAUCACAAUAAUCAUUUGUUUUACCAAUCCUUUAUUUCAAUGUUAACAAUUGUACAUAUUUCCUUUUUGCAUUCGUGCAAAAAACUGGACAGUUUAUAUUUGGGAGAAGCACAGGCAGAUGUUUGCAUGGAUUGUCGCUGAUAAGCAGACUUCCUCCUGGCAGCUGGCAGCCAGUGACAGGCAGAGGAAAUGGACAUAAUUAAUGUGACUGAGGGGCCUCGACUGUGUUAAUGUAUAAAAUACAGUAGUGCUGCUGCCACCACCGCAGCAACCCAGCGUGAGACGGAGCUUGCACCCCCCAACUCGGCUGUUUGUGUUCAAUACCUCAGUUUUCUAUGAAAGGAUGUGGUCAGUUUUUCUACAGGGCUCUACAGGUUCAUCAUGCUGCUCCACCCAGAAUCUCCCUCUCUACUAACCGGGUGGAGUCUCACUUUAAACUGACUACUGUAGCUGAGCUGACGUAGUCAACAUGUCGACCUGUAGGAAACAUUCAUCCACACAGAAGAUGUCAACCACCCCACACUAGGAGGUGAUGAUCCUCAUGCAGAACUGUCAUUUCAGUUUUUCUAUUUGCCUUUUAUUGCCAUGAGACGUCUAAACCCGUUGAGUGAGUGGCUGCUGCUGUUCUACGUCAGCUUUACUUCACCUUAUAUAUAUAAAGAAACCGCUUGAGGACACAUGUUAUAAAAUACUUUGUAACUAUUUUAACAAAUAGUUGAUUGAUAGAUGAUUUGAUUGAUAAUUUUAUCAAGCAAAAUUCCAAACUCCCUGGGGUUUCACUGUCUCAAGUGUGAAGAAAUUGGCUUUUUUGUGGACAUUUUCAUAGAUUGAAUGUGAUUAUCAAUCGCAGCCCAAUGUUUUUCCACACCACUUUGCAACGCCACAAGUCUUUGUGUCACCACCACUACAUGUAUAGUAUGUACAUGUACAGUAACUGCUCAUCAUAGUGGAGAAUGUACCCAAACAUGUUACAACAUGAUGGACUGCAGUAGUCAUGCUGCAGCUUAUUGUCUAAUGUUGCCCAGUAAGUAGAACACAGUGCAGCCAACAUCAGUGGGUUUAGACUUUUCUAAAGCGAAAAACGUUGCACCGGUGUCAUCCUAAAGUGCAAUCAGCAAAAUAUGGCUUUUUUUUUUAGUAGCAACGGUACAACAUAAAAGAAUGAUGUUGGGAAACAUACGGUCCUUCAAUGAGGAGAUGAGGAGCUGCGUAUCAUAGCAAUGUUCAAGAAGUCUACCCAACUUAACCCUUGUGCAUCACCAGGGACAUUUUGGGCAUUUUUUUAUUUUUCAAUCAUGUUGGCUGUGUUAAUGCAUAUGACAUAAAUAUUUUGAAGUUCAACCUCAACUCCUAUAAUAAGUCUAUAAUAAAAAUAUGAGCCAAAAUACAGACCCUUAAAGGGUAACUUUGGUAGUUUUCAACAUGGACUCUUUUAUUUUCUCAUGUGUUUGUGUCUAACUGACUAAUAGGGACGACCACUUCUGAAAUCCAGGUUGAAAAAUACCAACGCUGCUCUUAAGGACAAAAAUGUCCCCAUUAAAACUACCAUGUUUGAUCCCACGACAAUUAUACAGCAUAAAUCAUGCAUUCUUUAUUCGAGAGCCCCGGCUUCAACAUUGGACUUUUUAACCACCAGAUUGAGCCUCAUGUUCUCAUGUUUGCCCUGUAGGGGCAGAAACAUGCUGUUCUCCUGGUGUCCACUAGAGGCAUCGCUGCUAUGUUAUGUGUUUGAUGCAAUGCAUCCAAAUCAAUGUUGUUGCUAAUCAUUGACAUAUCCUAGACUGUGGUUAAAAAACAAUGUAACUCAGUGAAAGUGCAAAAUAAUAAUAAUAAUAUAUAUAGUAUUUUUAUAGCAGUUUUAGGAAGGGGACAUUCUUGCUCUCCAAGAUAACAAGUUUUCUUUUUUAAUCUGAUACUGCACAAAAAAUAAAAAUGCAUCCAAAUCAA